AUGGGAGUGGAAGGAGAGCGUGCAGUCGAGGAUGACAUCCAGACUCUUAACGUGGAGGAGAUCGGUGUGCUAUUGAUGGAAACGGAGAACUUACUGUCACUGGUGAACAUGGCGGGGGUACCGACAAGAAAAACUUCUGAUUUUGAGCUAUUGAGUAGUAGGAAGUUAGAGGAGAACCAUGAGACGCGUGAUAGUCCUGCAGACAAAUGGAAAUGCUGCACAGGGGCCGCCCCAGGACCACGGCCCUUCCCCAGCCAAUCAGGGCGGGUGAGCCAGCAGUCGUUCCUCCUCCCACAGUUCCAGAAAGGGGGCCGCCAUCAUCCCCCCAGGAUCCAGGAGCAAGGAAAUACUACGGAGAACUGCACCACCCGCCGAUGUCUGGCGAACAACCUCGUCAACAAAAAAUUAAUAACUCAGCCACAGCGUGACAACUGCUCCGAGUACAUUUUUGUGCCGAUCAUUGAGUAUCAGACCAUCAAAGUUGACACAAAGAAUCUUCGUUUGGUUUGUCGUUUGGAUGCCAUCAUUGAAUGGACUGAUGAUGAUUUAUACUGGGAUUAUAGCGUUUACCCUUAUAAUGAGGUGAUCCUACCCGUGAGCAAAGUCUGGACCCCGGAUAUAUUUGUGACCAAUGGCAUAUCUUCAACCACGCACAACAGCUUCCGCGACCUGAUAGUUUACAGCAACGGCACCUUGAGGCACAGAGUGGUGAUAGCGGCCGAGGUCAACUGUGAGUUUAACCUCUUCAACUACCCAUUUGCUGAAGACGAAUGUCCCGUGGUCAUCCAAACCUGGUCCACUGAAGGAUGUGGUACAACCAUGGAAGUCGGUAAACUGGACGUGUAUGACGGGAGCCACGGUGACUGGGAAACUCUGGACGCUUACCUUCACUCUCCAUCCAAUGAAAAAUACUUGAUUUCAGUCAUUUUGAAGAUCCGUCAGCAGAAUCCCUUCAUCACGCUGAUGCUUCCGAGCAUUCUGAUCAUCCUGGCCGACAUGGUGAGCUUCGCCCUGCCGCUGAAUUGCGGCGAGCGCAACUCCUUCAAGGUCACCCUGGUGCUCAGCUUCACCAUGUUUCUGCUCAUCCUCAACGACCACCUGCCCGGCGACAGCGAGUGUAGCCCCGUGAUAAAAACACACUUCUGCGUGUGUCUGGUGAUGUUGGUGGUCAGCAUGCUAGUGUCCAUGGUGCUUACUAGGGUAGCCCAGGAUGGAGGCCUUAUCUUCUGCUGCUUUUCAAGAGGAGCAAAGGCUGCAAACAAGCAAGAGGAAGCUGACCGGGAAGUCGCAGGAGACAUCAGCGUCAUCCAGAUUGACAACUCGGAGGAAAAUCAGAUGUACCGGAAGGUGAUAGACUUCCUGAACGCCAUCAAAGCCAGGGAAGUGGAUUCCGACCGCAAACAGGCGCUCGCCGACAGGCUGGAUAAAAUCUUUUUCUGGUUCUAUUUCAUUGUGGGCACGGCAUACUUUUGCGCCAUGAUCACGGUGAUGGUGAAAUACGACUGUAAUGUCAACCAUUUGGAAUUCUUGGAUUGA